AUGGCCCCUGCUACUAAACUCACUGCCGACAAUGGCCCCUUCUCCGCUCUCAGCGCCACUGAGAUGAAGCUCCUCGCCCUCGGUAACGUAUUCCACACUAACGGCACUCCCAACUACGACGAUAUGGCUAAGUGGACUGGCCUGAAGGCAUCCUCUGCCGGGACUCUCCACCGCGGUGCCAAGCGCAAGCUUGCUCGUGCCCUGGGCAUCGCCGACACCCCUAACCCCUCGCCCACCAAGGCUGGCCCGGCUCGAAAGCGGGCCAAGAAGCCGACCGCUAAGACCGCCAAGAGUGAGGUGAAUGAUGAGAAGGCUGUCGAGGAAUCCGCUGUCCCCAUCAAGGAGGAGCCCGCCGAGGCGUUUGACACUGAUGACUCUGCCUACUCGCGCGACCUGCAGUAUACCAUUGAGAACGCACACAAGGCUGCUCAGGCUAUCAACGAGGCCGUUGCCGCCGAAGCUGUUGCCGCAGCUGCAGCUGCCGCCGAAUCUCGCAUUGAGGACGAGUAG